AUGGAAACACGCUUGCGAGCUGUUCUUCUUGACGAGAAGGGUGGUGUCGCAUAUCGUACAGUCGGCCCUGAAAGCCCAUGGGGUAUCAAACGUCCCCCUGCUCGAGUGGUACCGGUUUUUUGCAAACUAAACAAAACACCUCGGAAAACUAAUCGAGAUCGUCAUUCGAUGCAGGAGAACUUGAAGAAUCCUCUUCGGGAGAAGAUUACUCAAGCGACGAAAGAAGCAGCUGAAGUCGAGAAGUUCAUACGUAAUGCAGUAUCACCCAGAGGAACAAGCAGCGCCAUGUAUAUCAGUGGUGUCCCCGGUACUGGCAAAACUGCCACAGUAGUGUCGGUAGUCAAGCAGCUAAGUCAGGACAAAACUUGUAAUAAGUUUUCAUUCGUCUGUGUUAAUGCUAUGGAAUUUGUGGAACCUAAAAAGAUCUUCAUUGCAAUCUAUAACCAAAUUACUGACAAUGUGAAGCGUAUUUCUGCUGAAUCGGCACGCAGGAAACUCAACAGAAUGUUCGAAUUGUCCGAUAAACACCGUCCACCAAUAGUUAUCCUCGUUGAUGAGCUGGAUCAACUUUGCACGAAGAAGCAAGAGGUUAUUCGAUUGUCCAGACUUGGAGUUAUCUUCAUCAAUGGACCACUAAGAGUAAUUGUAAAUGCUUUUUUCCAGCUUAUAUAUGAUAUAUUCAACUGGACGACUAUUGAGUCAGCGCGUGUGUCUGUGAUGGCUAUAGCGAACACUCUUGAUCUGCCGGAACGAAUGUUGAGCCAGCGCAUCACGAGCCGUAUUGGUGCUGCUCGAAUUUGCUUCCAACCAUAUGAAUUCCAACAGAUAGAAUGUAUUAUUCGUGAUCGACUCAAAGGAUCUGUCAAUGCCAUCGAUGAAGGCGCUGUGCAGUUUGCUGCCCGAAAGGUCGCUGCUGUCACCGGUGAUCUACGAAAAGCGAUGGAUCUUUUGCGGCGUGCGAUUGAGAUCGCGAUUGAGCAAGGCUCUAAGAAGCUCCUUGUUGAGCAUGCAGAAAAGAGGGAGGAUUUCUCGUUCGCUGAGCUUCAUGCCCAGUACUUGUCGUUUGCCACGAGCCUUGAAGGUAUUCAGCCGCUAGUUGAGUCGGUACUCAUUUCACUGAUUGGCCAAUUAUGCUCGACAAAGCUUUUGGUCCAGUCAUCUGGCAAUCAUAUGCUUCGACGACGUAUUCGCUUGGGCAUGUCGUAUCAGGACGCGCAAUCGGCUAUAAGAAUUCGUGAGAAUGCCAACAAAGAUAACUGA